CAUAGGCAAAUACAUAGAUAAAACCACACACUACUUUCCUUCACUGUUUCUUGUUCCAUUCCAUCUCUUUCUGCCAACACCUUCUCUCUUUGUUUUCUCUCUACCUUACCAUCUUCCACCUUCAACCUCUCUUUCAACUCUUUAACCAUUUUCUAUGAAAGUGAGUGGAGGCUCUCUUGGUCAAGAGAGCCUGCACAGUGAAGAAGAAGAGCCAAACUAGCUUCAUCAUUUUCACAAACUUUCGUACCUUUUUUCAUAUAAAAAACUUUCUUUUUUUCCUUCAACAAUGGCACUUUCUAUGCAUAAAGAAAUGGAUGCCGGUAAAUAUGUGAGGUACACUCCUGAACAAGUUGAAGCUUUGGAGAGAGUUUAUUCAGAAUGUCCUAAGCCUAGUUCUUUGAGAAGACAACAACUCAUUAGAGAAUGUCCUAUCCUUUCUAACAUUGAACCUAAACAGAUCAAAGUUUGGUUUCAAAACCGAAGAUGCCGUGAGAAGCAAAGAAAGGAAGCUUCACGUUUACAGACAGUGAAUAGGAAGUUGUCUGCAAUGAACAAGCUCUUAAUGGAAGAGAAUGACCGUCUGCAGAAGCAAGUUUCUCAUCUGGUUUAUGAGAAUGGAUACAUGAAGCAACAGAUUCAUACUGUGAGUGCUUCUGCUGCAACUACCACAGACAAUAGCUGUGAUUCUGUGGUAAUGAGUGGUCAAAACCAACAGCAAAACCCAACUCAGCGUCCUCAAAGGGAUGCAAACAACCCAGCUGGUCUUCUCGCCGUGGCUGAGGAGACCCUGGCAGAGUUCCUAUCUAAGGCUACUGGAACUGCUGUCGACUGGGUGCAGAUGAUUGGGAUGAAGCCUGGUCCGGAAUCUAUUGGUAUCGUUGCUGUUUCCCGCAACUCUAGUGGGAUAGCGGCGCGAGCCUGUGGCCUUGUGAGUCUAGAGCCCACUAAGGUUGCUGAGAUUCUUAAAGAUAGACUGUCAUGGUAUCGUGACUGCCGAUGCGUUGAUGUAUUGAGUAUUGUUCCCACUGGUGGUGGUGGUACAAUAGAGCUUAUGUACAUGCAGACGUAUGCGCCUACAACAUUGGCUGCAGCACGAGACUUUUGGACACUGAGAUAUACUACAAGUUUGGAAGAUGGAAGUCUUGUGAUAUGUGAGAGAUCGUUGAAUGCUUCUACUGGUGGCCCUACAGGGCCUUCGCCGUCUAAUUUUGUGAGAGCUGAAAUGCUUCCAAGUGGUUUUCUUAUUAGACCAUGCGAGGGGGGUGGAUCCAUUAUUCAUAUUGUUGAUCACGUGGAUUUAGAUGUUUGGAGUGUCCCUGAAGUUCUGAGGCCCCUCUAUGAAUCAUCAAAAAUCUUAGCUCAGAAAUUGACUAUUGCUGCAUUGCAACACAUAAAACAGAUAGCACAAGAAUCCAGUGGAGAAAUUCAGUAUGGUGGCGGGCGCCAACCAGCUGUUUUGAGAACUUUUAGUCAGAGACUUUGCAGGGGGUUCAAUGAUGCUGUGAAUGGAUUUGUCGAUGAUGGUUGGUCGUUGCUGGGAAAUGAUGGUGUUGAAGAUGUAACCAUUGCUGUGAACUCGUCUCCAAACAAGUUUUUGGGGUCCAAUUAUUCAUCCAUGUUUCCAACAUUUGGAGGUGGUGUCUUGUGUGCCAAGGCAUCAAUGCUGCUGCAGAAUGUUCCUCCUGCUUUGCUUGUUCGAUUUUUGAGGGAGCAUCGAUCAGAAUGGGCUGAUUAUGGCGUUGAUGCGUACUCUGCUACUUGUCUCAAGUCUAGCCCCUAUGCGGUUCCAUGUCCAAGACCUGGUGGCUUCCCCAGCAGCCAGGUCAUUUUACCUCUUGCUCCUACGAUCGAGCAUGAAGAGUUUCUGGAGGUAGUUCGUAUAGAGGGGCAUGCAUUCUCCCCAGAAGAUGUUGCACUGGCACGUGAUAUGUAUCUUUUGCAGCUUUGCAGUGGAAUUGAUGAAAAUUCAGUUGGCGCAUGUGCUCAACUUGUGUUUGCGCCUAUAGAUGAAUCCUUUGCAGAUGAUGCCCUCUUACUGCCUUCUGGUUUUCGAGUUAUUCCCUUGGAUCCUAAAUCAGAUGGUCCAACCACGUCAAGAACUUUGGAUUUACUUGAAGGAUCUAGGAAUGCUCGUCCAUCUGGUGAAGGUGCUGGUUCAAAUGGAUACAACCUUAGGUCUGUCCUUACAAUUGCAUUCCAAUUUACCUUUGAGAAUCAUUUGCGCGACAACGUGGCUUCUAUGGCUCGCCAGUAUGUGCGUAGCGUUGUGGCAUCAGUUCAAAGAGUUGCCAUGGCAAUUGCGCCCUCUCGGCCAGGUACUCAGCUAGGGCCAAAGUCUCUUCCUGGUUCGCCAGAAGCUCAUGCUUUAGCACGAUGGAUAUCUAGAAGCUACAGGAUGCACACUGGUGCCGAGCUUUUUAGAGUCGAGUCCGCAGCGAGUGAUGCAAUACUGAAACAACUUUGGCACCAUUCUGAUGCAAUUAUGUGCUGUUCUGUGAAAACAAAUGCAUCUCCAAUAUUCACCUUUUCAAACCAGGCUGGACUAGACAUGCUUGAAACUACUCUAGUUGCUCUUCAAGAUAUUAUGCUUGAUAAAGUUCUUGAUGAAGCUGGCAGGAAGAUUCUUUGCUCUGAGUUCUCUAAGAUUAUGCAACAGGGUUAUGCAUCUCUGCCAGGAGGGAUUUGUGUAUCAAGCAUGAAUAGGCCAGUGUCUUAUGAGCAAGCCAUUGCAUGGAAAGUUCUUAAUGAUGAUGAUGCCAAUCACUGCUUAGCUUUCAUGUUCAUCAACUGGUCCUUUGUCUGAUGGAGAAACCAUAAUCAAGAAACCUAACUUUAUAUCUAUAUCUAUAUCUAUAUUAUAUUAUAUUAUAUUAUAUGAAGAUAUAUAUUAAGUUAUUUUCAGUUCUUCAACUACCUGAUACUAUUUAAAGACAGUUGUACUAAUUUUCAGCUUUGUUUUAUGUGCCUUUUGAACUAUUCUAAUGCUCCUCUAUGACUAUAUAUGAAUAUCCUUUAAAUAUUUAAAAUGCAA